AUGCGAUCCAUUUUAGCUAUCUUCGUUAUUUUCUUCAAUUACUCGUGCAAUACAAUCCUCGCUGGUAAUAACUCGAUUGCACAGGGCAAUUUGGUAGUACUUUUCAAUGCUACUUCAGCGAAAUCAGGUGAUGAUCAUCCUCUCAAGGCAAAUGUACCUAAUUUAUGGUGUCAAGCAAUGUCCAAUCAAACUCAGCAAUUGAUACCUAUCAAAGAAGCUCACUUUGUACGAGAUUAUGAUAAGGAAGUUCUCCCAGCGAUUAUCAGCAAUCAUACGCGAGCAAUUUUGGAAUUUGGCAAUACAUCCGUUUUGAGUGCAGGAAGGUAUCGCUGCGAAAUUACUACCGAAGAGAACGAAUUAGUAUGGGGAUGGUUAUUCGUGAAUAUGCGCCCUGUCUUCCAUAUGAACCACUCCAAGACUUUGGAUGCAGUUGGAGAUAAUCAUUUCCGCAUUAAAGCUCCCGUUCUGAAAGCAACGGAAGGUGAAACGGUAAUACUAACUUGUCCGGUACGAGGCUUUCCAGAACCAACUAUUCACUGGUAUAAAAAUGAUAUGCCUGUUGCAUCGACAGAGCAGAUAACCUUUUUAGAAAAAGGCCUGCAAAUUACAAAGGUUGAAUUUGAUGAUAAAGGAGUUUAUUCAUGUGUUGCGCAAAAUUCAUUUUCCUUAUAUUUUGAAGGCAAAAAUAUCCUAUGGGAAUCACGACUGGAUCGUGAACUUAAGGUGAAAAGCUCAUAUAGAUGGAUUUAUCCACUUGUAGUUAUCAUCAUCAUGUUAUUGUUGUUAUUUGCCAUCAUCUAUGCAUGCUCGGCUUUCAAUCGUUAUAAAACAUACAAUGUUGAAAAACGCGAAAGACGAAAGAAACGACAAACGAAUCAUGGAUAUAAUGAAAAUAUGUUACAACAGCAACCAAUUUUAGGUUAUAAUAACGAAUUGGAUUAA